AUGGAGCGGCCAAAAAUGAAACAGGAGAAAGAAAAGCCUGGGAAAACGGUGAGGUUUAGAGUAGCGUCUGCCAACAGCGGCCGGGUCUUGGCGGAGGUGUUCAAGGAUGAGAGGGCCUGGUACGGCUCUGUGUCGGACUCGGUGGACUCUGAUGGCACCAGCAGCCCGGAGGCAGAGCAGGGAGGCUCGCUCCCCGCCAGCGAGGCCAACAGCCACCUGAACGGUCUGCCGGUGGAAGCCGCUGUGGACGACAACGGCUGUGAACCUGAUGACCUGCUUUUGUACGCCAGUGCCAAGAGGGAGAUGUUCUUCAGCAACAAGCGGAUCAAUAUCUGCAGCAAGAACGGGACCAUACGAGGAGUGAGGAACAAAGUGAGCGCGGGCCAAGUGCUUUUCAACAACCUCUCCAACGUGUACACUGGUUCUCUUCGUCAUCAGAAAAGGAGACCCUGGGAAAAGGAGUAG